AUGGCUCUGGCUUAUUACAAAAUUCUCAACAGCGGUGACGAAUUUGUUCGCAAACUGCUCGAAACACACCAGCGUCUGCUUCCGUACAUAAGAAAAGAGCGCGAAGCGGCAGUGAAGAUUCAGGCGACUUGGAAACGCUACAAAACCCGUCGCAUCAUUGCCGCUUGGCAGGGAGCUGCUCUGACCAUUCAAACAAAUUGGAGAAUUUUCCUGGCUAAGCGCAAAGUAUCCGAAAUGCGAUUAGAACAGCAAAUGAGAAAUCUGGCUGCAUUUCUCGACCGUACCGCAACUAUCAUACAGUCUGCAUGGCGCGGAUAUUACGCCAGGAAAACCAGCCUGGAUUAUUACAAACGGAAAAAGAAACUGCAAGAAAUUCAGCGUAUCAAUGAUUCCAUGCGGGAACAGGUGCAAGCCAACUAUGAAAGGCAAGCAUACGAACAUGCUAUAAAAGUUAAAGAAGAAACCGACCAGAAAGUCCAGCGCAAACUCGUGCAAACACACUGUUUAUUAAGUACCAAACAAGUUCCUGGAGUCUACGCAAACAACAAAACCAUGGAACACGCCAUCGUGGAGCAGACUCGAAAAAUACUGCGCACUGAGAAAAGAAGCUGCGCAUCGAAAAUGGCAAAACAAGAAGAAACUCGUCGUGAAAUCCAGCGGAGAAUGUAAGGAACACGGUUCAUUAGGUCAUUUAAGUCAUAAGUGCCAAAAUAUGUGGGCACUCUUUGGAGUAACUCACCUUGGUGAAGAGCAAUCACGCUGAACGCUGUCACGGUGUCCGCGGCCACAAGGACGAAAUCAUUAAACUGUACUCCAAACAGACAUUCCGCCAUUUUUUUGUUUUGGCAAAAGAAUCUUAUCAAAACAAAUGUAUUUUUGAUGGAUGAGAAAUUCAACCCAAACGAGACCAGUCUUUUCAUUGAUCCAUGAUGGUGCAGUUCUGUUGACAACGGAGCAUACGAGAAUAAACCUCACAACAGGGAACUAAGCGAUGGAGACUGUUUCCGGUUGCCGACAGAAGAAUCGUCAAAAUCUUGAUUUCUGAAGGUUGCAUAUGGACCAAGAUAUCACAUAUAAUUUCAGAUUUUCAAGUGUUUAUCUGAAAAAUUUUUCGAAUAAUUGUGAACUGUGCUUUGUUA